AGACAUUCCAAGCUUGCUGUGCUGUGAUACUACUCUGGAUCUUUUCUGCAAGUCCCCAUCCUUCCUCUCUGGACGCGGCAAAGGGAGGGAGAGGAGAGUUUUGCAGCAAGCAAGCUGCUGGUGGCAUCCUUUCUCCCUGCUCGAUCCGCUCAAGAUUUGCAUGAGCUUGUCAUCAAGAGGUAGAGCAAGCUGAACCUCUAUGCACCCCAUUAUUUCUGCUACGCCUCCCAAUCGCUCAUUAAACAGAUCAUGUUGAUCUCUUCUACAUCAUGCUGAUAAGUGGCUUAUCAGCAAUCCACCUGUAAUCAGGUCCUCUACGCACACACCAUUCUAUUCUGCACACCGUUUUCCGUUCCCAGAUCCAGCUCGAUCUGCAGCCAUGGCAGAAGUUUUAGCUGGAUUUCUCACUUCUGCCGUCGUCAACAUUGCCAAAGACAAGCUGGCCUCCGCCAUCGCGGAGCAGGCCAAUCUGCUGUGGAACUUCGGCGACGACCUAGAGAACAUGAACUCGGUGCUGGAGUCCAUCUCUGCAGAACUCCAGGACGCCGAGAGGCGGUCGGUCAAGGAGAAGUUGGUGCAGCUGUGGCUCAAGCGGCUGAAGAACGCUGCCUUUGACAUCUCGGACUUGCUCGAUGACUAUCAAGAUACUAGCGACCGAUUGACUGCUGCAAAGAUUCCAAAUGAGAAAAAAAUGAAAUUCUUGCAGAAGACAAGAGUGCUCUCAUGUCUUCCAGUUGCACGCAAGAAGAUUGCUGUUGCUAAUAGGAUGAAGAAUAUGAGAGAAGAGCUAAGAAAAAUCAAUGACGAAUUUCAUAGUUUUAAUUUCACAUUGGGAGGCACUAGCACUUCUGUUGAGCAGCAUUAUGAUAUUCGUGAAACAUCAUCACUUUUACCUGAAGAACCAAUAAUAGGGAGGAAUGGAGACAAACGGGAAAUCAUAAAACUGUUAUUGGCAAGUACCAACAAUGAUGAGACAGUGAUUCUUCCUAUAUAUGGCCUUGGAGGUAUGGGCAAGAGUACUUUGGCGCAACUAGUUUACAAUGAUGCCCAAUUCAAGAAGUAUGAUUAUCGUAUAUGGGUUUAUGUGUCCCGGGAUUUCAAUUUAAAGAAAAUAGGAAGCUCUAUAAUUUCUCAACUUCCAAUUGAAGGAGGUCAGCAGAAUUGGGAUACAUUGCACGUGAUAAAUCAGUGCCUUGAGAAGAACCUACUCUGUGGCAAGAAGGUUUUGAUUGUUUUAGAUGACUUAUGGGAGGAAAAGGACACUGAGUUGGGGAAACUGAGAAGUAUGCUUCACGUGGGCAAGAAGUGCAGUAUGAUAGAUGUCAUAGUAACCACACGCAAGGAAGACAUUGCUAGAAAAGUUUCCACCACUGAACCAUACAAGCUGCAGCCUUUGAAGGAUGAUACAUGCUGGGAAAUAAUUAAGAGAUAUAGUAAGUUUGAACAGAAACAUAACCAAGAAAGACUGGAGCAGAUAGGAUUGGAUAUUGCAAAGAAAUGUGGAGGUGUGGCAUUAGCAGCUCAAGCACUUGGAUACAUGCUACAAUACAAAGAUAUGUCUGGAUGGGUAGAAAUAAAUAACAGUGAUAUCUGGAAUGAAUCUUCUGAAGACAAUGGUGGCGUGCUCCCGUCCUUGAAGCUAAGUUAUGAAAGGAUGCCACCACAGCUCAGGAUGUGCUUUUCUUAUUGUGCCAUAUUCCCAAAAGGACAUAAUAUUACUGAAGAUGAUUUGAUUCACCAAUGGAUUGCUCUCGGCUUUAUAAAGCCAUCGAUGGGGAAGGAAUACAUCAGACAACUUUUGGGGAUGUCCUUCCUUCAGGUUUCCAAGUUGCCCAAGACUUCGGGAGAUCAUAUGGUGCAGUACACCAUGCAUGACCUGGUGCAUGACCUGGCAACAUUAAUCAUUGGUGAUGAGUUAAUGGUUUCUUCCGGUGCAUCGAAGAGCACGAAUGCACAUAGGCUGAAAUAUUGUCGCUAUGCACUGGUUACGAAAUAUGACCAGGAAAUGAAGUUAUCGGUUGUUUUACCCUCGAAGGUGAGGGCACUACAUUUUUCAGAUAGCAGCAAGCUGGAUUUGUUGGGGCAACUGGUGCCACCAAUGAGUCUGAAGGACUUUUCUCUAGAAUAUUAUAGUAGCCCGAGCUUUCCUAGCUGGCUCAUGGACAUUUCUCAUCAUCUCCCGAAUCUUACUUCCAUUGCUUUGUGUAAUCUUCCUGCAUGUAGCAACCUACCACCACUUGGACAGUUGCCGCUCCUAGAAAGCCUGCGUCUCUGGUAUUUAUCCAAGGUUGCAAAGAUUGACAUGAGUAUCUGCGGUGGCAAAGGAGCGUUCCCCCGAUUGGCAAAAUUCGAUCUAGGUUGUAUGUAUGGACUGGAGGAGUGGACUACAACAUACCCUGGCGAGGAUGGUGUGGAGGAGUUCAUGUUCCCUAUGCUAGAUGAAUUACAUGUAUAUUGUUGUCCAGGUUUAAGAUUGAAACCAUGCCCACCGAAGUGCCGUAAGUGCACAAUAAACAAUAGCGACCAGGUUAUAUCUUCCCUGGAGGAGGUACAAACCAGCAGCCAUUGCUGCAACAGAUCUACUCCAACCACCAGCCUGGCCAUCAUGGAGAGCGAAUGCCACAGCUGCAGACUGUUUCACCACUUCCCUGCCCUCCAGGAGUUGGAAUUAUCGAGCUGUCAUAAUCUGAGGAGCUUGCCGGAGGGCAUACAGCAGCUCUCCUCCCUUCAGUCGCUCGAAUUGGAGUGGUGUAACGGCAUAUCAGCACUGCCUGAAUGGCUGCGCAACAUCUCCUCUCUCAAAAGACUCGCCAUCAGGUACUGUAAGGGCAUCAAGUCUUUGCCUCCAUGUAUACAGCAGCUCACCAACCUCCAGAAGCUAGUUGUUGCUAAGAACGGGGAACUACAGCAGUGGUGCAAGUCAGAAGAGAAUAAGGCGAAGCUCGCACACAUUAACAGCAUAAUUUAUGAGUAGCUUAACCAAGUACCAUGAAAAAUGCCACCGGGGUAUAAGGUUAGGGUUACAAUCAGUUGGACUUCCUAGCCACAGAUUCAAGUGAAACAUCCUCAAUGCUUGUAAUAUGGGUUCUAUGGACACUUGAGGCUUCUGUAUUUUCAGUACAAAACAGACAUGGUUGCUUUUAACUACAGCUGUAACGUGCCUGUGAGACGUUUCUUGGCAACAAGCUCAAAUAAUGUUGAAUCAGAGGAUCUUCAUUAGCGGCUGCAUUGUCAGAUCUUAGAUGCUAGCAGAGCUUAUACAAAGUUACAAACUGUAGUGUUAUAGUGUUAUUGACUACAUUUGCUGCAGGCUCUCAGUGUAGACAACAUGGGAACUCCAUCUGCUUCUGUCUGUCACUUGUGACUCUGUACAAGUGAACUCUGUUCGAUUCUUCAAAUUCUGCAAAAAGCUUUUGUCUUCAGUUAAUUUCCCCCAUUUUCUCUUUCUGUUCUUGCCUUAUAUGCUGGGCAGACAACUCUUGUACAGAUGCUCCAAAUAAAACAUUCAGGUGCCAA